UGUAAUUGCGAAGAUCUGUAUAGACCACGUUCACACUCAGAAGAUGUCGUGGCUCCUUUAUAUUGACCUGGAGCCUCAUACUUUGAUCUACUUUGUAUUCUAGAAAUACAACCAUUCUCGGACGGAGAACGUCGCUUCGUGGGGAGAAUGAAGCAAACUACCCUCGGCAUCGAAUUAGAGUGCCUAUAAUUUGAAAAGGGAAAUACUUAUACAGCCAAGCAGGUCGCGGCCCCGUCGAGGGCUCGGCCUUUGCGCUCCCUGUUUCUACUCUAAAUGAGUCAUCAUUUCUUCUUGUUGAGUUUAUUCAGCUAAAAUUCGAUGGAUUUGGGUUUGGCUUCUACAUUAGAAGCUACAUAUUAGAAGCUAAAACACGACGGAUUUGGCUUCUACAUUAGAAGCUACAUAUAAGCCCUUAUCCUUCCUCCGAUGGAUUUGGCUUCUACAUUAGAUCGGCUUUCCGCUUACCAAAUAAUGUGUAGUACAACAUGAGGCGAAAUGGUGCUACUACUUCCUACUACUAUGUACUCACGCAGGUACGUCAUACGUACAUCAGGCACUAUGUACACUCACACAGGUACAACUUUGUACUCACACAGGUACUAAUACUAUGCACAACUCGUCAUACAGGUAAUAUACAGGCUGCACGACUAGGAUAUUGCACCUCUAUCUUCUAGCUAGUGUAUCUGUGUAUGUCUGUAUUUCCAGGUCAGCCUUCUGACCAUUGAGCUGUCUGGAAACCGCCAUAGUUCGGUGAAAUGACACAGGUCGGCCUUACGACCACUGAGCUCGAGACGUAAGUCCAACUAAAAAGCUCCACCAUUUAUAGACUUGCCCAAUCACCCAGGAAUUGAAUCAUGGGUACACUAAUAGAUACUACUACUUCUAAUACUCCCAAUAGCAAUACUACUAGUAACUAAAAAUACCAAUCGCGACGUGCAAAGAAAACUCGCACUUCUCGUGCUGUGUAUAUCUUUCUUCAUCAUCAGUCGGAUUUAGGGCCAUCAUUUGUUGUAAAAAUCUAGCUCGUCUUAGGUCGGUCCAGGUUAUGUCCUAAAGUGGCCUAUCGCUAUCUAGUUAUGAAACGUUCUUUCGUUUCCUCUGACACAUAAACGUCCGUACUUGGACAGGGUAUGCGACUGGCAAUACCAAAAAUAUUUAGGCUGUUGCUGUAUGUUCCUUGUGCAUCCAUUUCGGUCGUAGCUUUCAAGCAAUACCGAAGGGCGAGCAGUUGUUUUAUGAAUGUUAAUGUUUCUCGCAUUCAUCUAAAUCUGUGAAGUACUGCGCUUCUGCCGAUCCGGUGCUUGACGCGCAGGGCUGAGGCGGACGCCCCUCUAGAUCUAAAUAUGAGUGCGUAUCUCUGUCGAUGUUUCUCUUCUGCGUUAAUAUGUGUACCGUCAUGGAAUCUAAACCACACGGCCAUGCCUGGGCACAUGGCGAUAGAUUUUUUCAAUCUCGUACUUAAAGCUCUCUUAAUGUUCUAUGAAGCAAGACGCGGCCAACUCGAGGCGCCACGCACCACGAAGAUGAUAGUCGCUAUCAUCAGGGUAGAAUGGCCUUACAUUCCUAAAUCCGCAAAUGAUAGGUUUCCAGUCUCAAAUAUGUAUAAUCUUCCUUUUCUUAUCGAUUUGAUCUUCGUGAUCGUGUCGUCAUUGUACUUGGUAUUACCAGUCGACUACUUAUUCCUCGUUGUACCUCGGUGGUGCAGUCACUGCAGCCGCGAGCCCGGAGUGCCCGAGACGGAGGCUAAUGCACUCCACCCGUCGUCGGCAGGUAUGCCCGAUAUCACUGGGAUCACCCUUUCGGCGAUCUUGGCUUACAAAAAACAAAAAAAAACUUCUCGUGGGGGUUCUCUCAAUGAGUGA